UUCGCCACGUGUCGACUCCAUUCGUCUUUAUAUAUUCAUCUCUCUUCUUUGCUUUCAGAAGUUUCAAAGCAUCUUCAUGAACAAGAAACGAUAAGAGGAUAAAAAAGUGAAUCAUGAUGAAACCAGGGGCUGAUUUGCAAUUUCCACCGGGAUUUAGGUUUCAUCCGACGGAUGAGGAGCUCGUCCUCAUGUAUCUCUGCCGUAAAUGCGCGUCGCAGCCGAUCGCUGCCCCUAUCAUCACCGAACUCGAUUUGUACAGAUAUGAUCCUUGGGACCUUCCCAAUAUGGCUUCGUACGGAGAAAAGGAGUGGUAUUUUUUCUCACCGCGAGACCGAAAGUACCCAAACGGUUCAAGACCGAACCGGGCAGCUGGUACUGGCUAUUGGAAAGCUACUGGUGCUGAUAAACCGAUUGGUCGUCCUAAACCAGUCGGUAUAAAGAAGGCUCUAGUUUUUUACUCAGGAAAACCUCCCAGAGGAGAGAAAACCAAUUGGAUUAUGCACGAAUACCGGCUCGCUGACGUUGACCGGUCGGUUCGGAAGGGAAACAGUUUAAGGCUGGACGAUUGGGUGUUGUGUCGUAUAUACAACAAGAAAGGUGUCAUCGAGAAGAAGCGACGGAGCGAGGUAGAGAACGGUCAUGUGACGGCUCCGGUUAUGAUAAACUUCGACAAACCGGAAAUGAUGAGAGGCGGCUCGAGCUGCUCGGACCAGCAAGUUGUGUCUCCGGAGUUCACGUGCGAGGCUAAGACCGAACCGAGUAGAUGGAGCAACGCCCUCGAAGUUCCGUUUAAUUACAUAGAUGCCAUUGCUGACAACGAGAUUGUCUCGCGGUUAUUCGGUGGGAAUCAGAUGUGGUCGACGCUGGAUCCACUUGUGGUUCGGCAGAGAACUUUCUGAAGCUGUCACGUGCGACUUGGUGGAAGCUACUACCACGGCCGUCGCACGUGCCGGUGAAUCGGUUUAAAUCUGCUAUGCUGAACCAGAAGCGAAUAGAUUGGGCCUUUUUGGCAAAAGUUGGGCCUUUGUUUUGCUCUUGCUUUUUACGAAAUACACAGCCUACACACUAUGUAUGACCCAACAUAGCAAAUAAUGGUUCUCUACAAUAUUUGAUUUUGGAAUAAAUUCAUUUUAAAAUCUGA